AUGUUAUUGCGUCGUGAUGAAUUGCAAAAACAAGUGGCUGAAGGCAGUCUUAGUGUAUCUGGCAGUAAUGAUGUGUUGACCUUGGCUUUGGGUCCCGAGCAUCCAGGGAGAGUAAGAGGGGUAGGUGCUGGGAUUUCCCCUAGGCAAUACUUCAAUUUACCUAGACAACAGAGGGUAAAGUUUGCCGAUCAAUUGAAGGAAAGUGUAAGAAUUGUCCUUCAAGAAGAGACUAAGAAGAUGGAAGCUAGAUCAAGGGAAGAGACUUUAAGGAUGGAGGCUAGAACCAAGCAAUUGGUAGAGGCUGAGAGGGAACAUUUACUGAGUCAGCUUUCCCAACUCAUCCCCAAUUUUGAUCCAAGCAUGCUUAAACCGAAAACUAGCCCCUGUCAAAACCAAGGUCUAGAGCAAAGUCCCAAAAAUCCAAUGUCUGACAAAGCAAGCUGCUCUGGGGCUGAUGUGAGAUCCCUACAUUUAGAGGAUGAUACUGCCAAAAAUGGGGAACAGCAGGAAGAAACGGGUAAUGAAGUAGUUGAUUAUUCAAAUGUGGAGGUGCCAUCUUCCUUACAAUCCCUUUGUCGUUAUGUGGAAACGACACUAAAGCCACAGGAGAAGAUCAUGACCUUCAACAUUGAGAAGGAGGUGUUUGGUGCAGAUCGCAGUACCUUCGUCUUGCAUGAAGAUAUUACACAGUUUGCAGGCAUGGAAGAAAUUGGGGCUACUGUGGUUGCAGUAUAUAUGAGGUGCUUAUAUGAUCUUUUGAGAGAAGCAAAUAUGUGCAGCAUGGUUGGCUUUAUCGACCCUGCUCAAGUUAGUGCCAACGCUGGGUCACUAACUGACAGAUCACGAAUUGUAGCCAGUCGACUUCAGAAGACAGAUGGUGAACAGAUUUUCAUGAUGCCUUACAAUCCAGGCCGUCAUUGGGUCUUGCUGAUUGUGAGGGCAAAGAGGGAAACCGUCUAUUUUCUGGAUCCUCUGCCUGGAAAUCGUGUGGUUGAUGAGGAGGGCAAAAACAUCGUGAACAGUGCUUUAAAAAUUUAUAAUUCCCACAUAGGCAGACCAGGCCGUAAAGCACCAAUUUGGAAAACUCUGCCAGGCACACCAAAGCAACCCAGCAGUGUCGAAUGCGGGUAUUAUGUGAUGCGCUUCAUGAGGGACAUCAUCAUGGAUCCUUCCUUGGAGUUUGAGAAGAAGUUUGCCAAGGGAAAAGAGCAAGCGCCAUACCCCCAAGCAGCCAUUGAUGAAGUCCGGAAUGAAUGGGCAGAUUUGUUUGCCUUCAUAUGGAGUAGAGGAUUUUUGGAACACUUGAUAUUUUUAUAUGUACAAAUUUUGUCUAUAAUAUAA